CCAAUCGAGCUUCUCAAGCGACAGUCGAGACCAGAGACACUCGAUCACCGCCUGAUUCAGAAAUCGAGCGACGCAGACUCGGGUCUGACCCGGAGCCUGUAACCAUGGUCUUCGAGUCUUUGGUCAGCGACCUGCUCAACAGGUUCAUCGGAGACUAUGUGGAGAACCUGGACAAGUCCCAGCUGAAGAUCGGGAUCUGGGGCGGAAACGUUGUGCUGGAAAACCUGAGGGUGAAGGAAAAUGCUCUGAGUGAGUUUGAUGUUCCCUUCAGAAUAAAAGCUGGACAGAUCGGGAAACUGACGCUGAAGAUUCCUUGGAAGAACCUGUACAGCGACGCCGUGGUUGCUACGCUGGAUGGCUUGUACCUGCUUGUCGUCCCUGGAGCCACUAUAAAAUAUGACGCAGCAAAGGAAGAGCGUUACCAGCAAGAGGCGAAGCAGAGGGAGCUGCAGCGCAUCGAGGAGGCUCUGCAGAUGGCCGCCAACAGAGCAUCUCACACUGGAGAGCUGCUGUUCAGUCUGGAGAGUGUUGUGUACCACGGGCCCCACAGCGGACACAAAAAAAUUAAAAAGCACAAAAAAGGCUUGAAGAAACUGAAACGACAUGACACAAACAAGUCAGAGAAACCUCUGGAAGACAAGAAGGACACAUUUGUGGAGAAGCUGGCCACGCAAGUGAUCAAAAACCUGCAGGUGAAGAUCAGUCACAUCCACCUUCGCUACGAGGACGAUGUGUCGGACCCACAACGCCCUCUAUCAUUCGGAGUCACACUGUCAGAGAUCAGUUUGCAGACAACUGAUGAAAACUGGAGGCCGUGUAUCUUGAACGAGGCAGCAAAGAUCAUCUAUAAGCUUGGCCGUCUGGACUGUCUCUGUGCCUACUGGAACGUCAACAGUCAGAUCUUCUAUAGAGGAUCCUGGGAGGAUAUUGUAGACCAGCUGAAGGUUGGGAUUAUUGGUAAAGACCAGGAGCUGUCUCACUAUCAGUACAUUUUCAGGCCUAUUUUUGCAUCUGCUAAAAUGUGCAUCAACCCGAACGCUGAAGUGGAACUGAAAAGUCCUAAAGCAAAGCUUCACCUGGAGGUGCAGAAUAUCGCCAUAGAGUUGACCAAACCACAGUACGUAACCAUGGUGGAGCUGUUGGAGUCCAUCGACUGCAUGGUGAAGAACACUCCCUACAGGAAGUUCAGGCCGACCGUCCCAGUCCACAACAAUGCAAAACUCUGGUGGAGGUAUGGCUUCAACAGCAUCCUUGAAGUUCACAUCCGGCGCUGCAGUCGCAUGUGGUCCUGGUCCUACAUCAGAGAACACAGAGAGAUCCAGAAGGAAUACAAGACCGCCUACAAGACCAAACUUUCAAGCCAGAGCAAGUCGAGCUUGGACACCGAACGACGCAUCCAGGAUCUGGAGAAGGUUCUAGACGUGUUCAACAUUACAUUAGCCCGACAGCAGGCCCAGAUGGAGGUUAUCCGGUCUGGACAGAAGUUGCUGGCGAAGAAGACGGUGGCCAGGCAGAAACAGGGAGGAGGCGGCUUCUUCAGCAGCAUAUUUGGGAGGAAGGCAAAAAAGGAGGAGCAGGAGGUGGAGGAGAGCAACGCCAAAGAAAGUUCAGGUCUGGAUGAACUCAUGACACCUGAGGAGAAGGAAAAGCUUUAUACAGCUAUUGGCUACAGUGGCAGCUCCCACAAUCUGGCUCUACCCAGACAGUAUGUAGCUGUGGUUGUAACUUUCCAGCUCUUAAGUACCUCUGUGACGGUCCGAGAGCAGCCCAAUGUCCCAGAAAUCCUUAAGGUCCAAAUGAUUGACCUCAGCACCAAGAUAUCCCAAAGACCUGGAGCUCAGGCCAUCAGGGUGGAGGCAGCAUUGCAGCACUGGUACGUUACAGGUUUACAGCAGGAUGGCGUCGUACCAUCCCUCAUCGCCUCGGUGGGAGACUCUUCAUCGUCUCUUCUCUGUGUUGAGUUCGAGUUAAACCCAGAGGAGAGCGCUGCAGACCAGCUACUUAGAGUCCACUCUCAGCCUGUUGAGGUCAUCUAUGAUGCGCUAACGGUGAACAGUAUGGUCGAGUUCUUCAAAACGGGUAAAGGCGUCAACUUGGAGGUCCUGACCACCGCCACGCUCUCUAAACUGGAGGAGAUCAAAGAAAAAACUGCCUCAGGUUUGUCUCACAUUAUUGAGACAAGAAAGGUCCUGGACCUACGGAUCGACCUGAAGCCAUCCUACCUCCUUAUACCAAUGUUCGGCUUUUGCAGCAACUCUUCCGACCUGAUCAUCGUGGACUUUGGCAGCUUGCAGCUAAACAGCGUUGAGCAGACUGGGUCCAGUUCCUCCCCCACCUCUCUCUGCUCUCUGGAGGAGAUCAUGAAUCGAGCUUACGAGAGGUACAACUUGGAGCUGAGGCGAGUCCAGGUGCUCUACAGCAAGUCAGGAGAGGCCUGGAAGUCGGCUCGGCUGCAGCGUUCAUCCGUCCAACACAUCCUCCAGCCGAUGGACUUCACCCUCCACCUAGCCAAGUGUAUGGUGGAGAAGGAUGCCAGGAUGCCCAGGUUCAAAGUGUCCGGUGAGCUGCCUCUGCUGCAUGUUAAGAUUUCCGAUCAGAAAAUCCAGAAUGUUCUGGACUUGGUGGACAGCAUCCCCCUACCCAACAUGAGCUCCUCCACCCCCUCCAGUCCCACAGAGAAGGUGCUGUCAUUGACAGAGGCCAGACCACGAGCACUCAGCCUUCACCCCGCCCUCCUGGAGCCUCUAGAGACAGAUUCGGAUGAAGAGACCAGUGAGAAGUCAACAGAUUCAGACCAGCAGUUCUCGACUCUGGAAGAACUCACUGAUAUUCAGUUUAAAUUUGAAGUCAAAGAGGUGCUGCUGGAGCUGACCCGGCAGGUGGACCAGGAGAAGACCAUCCUGGCCUUCAGCAUUUGUCAGCUGGGAGCUGAGGGGAAGAGUCGCAGCUUUGACCUGAGUAUCACCUCAUACCUGCGCAGAGUUGCACUUGACUACUGUGACGUAGCAGAUGGCAGAAACAACCCUCUCCACCUGAUCAGGUGCGCUGAGCAGGGCUCCAAUCUGCUAAAGGUGGAGUUCACAAAGGCCGACCCCAGCGGCCCCAAUUUUCAGACCAUGUUUGACAGCACUGAGCAAACACUGAAGGUGGAGGUCUCCUCUUUAGACUUCCUCCUCCACACAAAAUCUCUUUUGUCGACAAUCAACUACUUGACGAGUGCUCUACCGCCGAGACAGACCUCCAUCCAAGACCAGGACAUCAAAAAGCAGGUGGAGAAGACGGAGCAGGGCCGAACAGUGUCUAAAGGAGCCAAGGGCGACAGCAUCUACAGCUUCAAACUGUUCGCUGUGUUGGCUUGUUUCCGGGUGGAGGUGUGUGACGACCACCACAGCAUCGCCGACAUCAGGGUGCAAGGAAUUGAUGCUUCAGUGAUGAUACACGCAAACGAGACAGACGUGUUUGCUCGACUAAGAGACAUCGUGAUCACAGAUGCCAACCCAAACACUAUCCACAGAAAGGUGGUGUCCAUCAUGGGAGAGGAGGUGUUCAGCUUCAAUCUGUCCUUAUUUGAGGGGGCGACAGAAUCUGGGGGCUACAACGACAUGUCGAAGGUGGAUGGAAAAGUCACGAUGCGUCUGGGCUGCAUCCGGAUCGUCUACCUGCACAAGUUCCUCAUGUCACUGCUGACGUUCAUUGACAACUUCCAGACAGCCAAGGAAGCACUGAGUGCUGCCACUGCUCAGGCUGCAGAGAAGGCAGCGUCCAGCGUGCGAGACUUUGCCCAGAAGAGUUUUCGGCUGUCCAUGGAUGUCAAGCUUAAGGCUCCACUCAUCAUCAUUCCUGAAUCUUCCAAUUCCCAUAAUGCCUUGUUGGUGGAUCUGGGUCUGAUCACAGUAGGAAACAGUUUUUUUCUACUGCCAGCUGAAGGUUUCUCUUUGCCGGCAGUGGUGGAAAAAAUGGAGGUUAAGCUGACGAAGCUCAAACUUUCCAGAACAACACUGAAGCAAGAUAGUUCUGAACCAGAUGUUGAGAUUCUUCAACCAAUCAACUUAGAGCUUCUUGUCACCCGAAACCUGGCUGCUUCCUGGUUCAGCAAGAUCCCUGGAGUCCACAUCCAGGGAAUCCUCCGGUCCCUGAACAUAAGUCUGGGUGAAGAAGAUCUUGCAGUGCUGAUGAAGAUCCUGAAGGAGAACAUCAGCGAGGGGAAUACAGACCCCAGCAUGGACGUCACAAGAUACCCGGCCCAAGAGAAGCCAGAAGCCACCGAGCUGCAGACACAGGAGGUCUCACUGCAGAUGGGGUCAGAAGGAGCUGUAGCUGCUGCAAGUGCAGGUCUGACGGAAACCACCGUCAAUGUUCUCCUCAACUUUGAAGUUAAAGAGGUUGUUUUGACAAUGAACAAGCCCAAAGACGGGAAGGACUCGUCUUUCCUGAUCUUUCAUGUUGCGAACCUGGGCAUCGACACAAAAGUCAGGAAGUACGACAUGUCUGCUACGACAUACGUCAAGAUGAUCACCAUGAAAUGUCUUGAGUUCAGGGACUCGAGCGGUGAAGCUCUCUGUCUCAUCGGCUCGUCCGUGGAAUCUGGACACGACCUCAUCAAAGUGCAGUAUGUCAAGGCCGACCGCUCGGGACCCAACUUCUCCACAAUCUACAAGAACACUGAACAGAUGAUCGACGUGACCUUCACCUCUCUUGACGUCAUGCUUCACACUGAGGCUCUGCUUUCAGCCAUCAACUUCCUGUCGGCAUCUGUGUCGUCUGGCAGCACGUCGUCCACAGAGGAGGAAGUCAAAGCAAAGACAGUGGACAGGACGGUGUCCGCUCGUUCCACUGCCCUGGUGUCACCUGCAGACAGUGAGGUCAUUGACAUGAAAAUGAUGAUGAUGUUGGGAGCCUUCAACGUCCUGGUAUGCGAUCAGAGCUGUAACAUGGCUGACAUUAAAAUCCAAGGUAUUCAUGGCUCAUUGGUGACGCAGGGACCACAGACUCACAUCUCAGCCCGUCUACAGGAUUUCAUUAUUCUCAACACGGAUCCCAAAAGCAUCCACAAGAAGGCUGUAUCCAUUGUUGGUGAUGAGGUAUUCAGCUUCACUAUGAGUCUGACUCCCAAUGCCACAGAUGGCACUGGUUACAUCGACACAUCUAAAACCGAUGGCAGGGUGAAGCUGAACGUGGGCUGUAUCCAAGUGGUUUACCUGCACAAGUUUGUCAUCUCUCUGCUGAAUUUCACCAAUAACUUCCAGACGGCUAAAGAAGCUUUGACUGCUGCCACCACUCAGGCUGCAGAGAAAGCAGCUUCCAGCGUUCGAGAUUUUGCCCAAAAAAGCUUUCGUUUGUCCAUGGAUGUCAAUCUGAAGGCUCCACUCAUCAUCAUGCCAGAGUCCUCCACCUCCCAAGAUGCUCUAGUGAUUGACCUCGGGCUGAUAACAGUAGGAAACAGCUUCUCUCUGCUGCCUGUUGAUAAGUGUCCUCUGCCGGCUGUUAUCGACAACAUGGAGAUCCAGUUAACCCAGCUCAAACUCUCCAGGAUCUCCUUGGAUCCAGCAUUAGACCAACCCAGCACCGAGCUCUUGGAACCGGUUAACCUGCACUUGAACAUCAAGAGGAACCUGGCAGCUUCCUGGUACAAGGGGAUGGCUGCUGUUGAGAUUGAUGGAGAUCUGAAACCUAUGAAGGUGGAACUAAGUCAGGAAGACCUGAAGGUGCUGCUAAAGAUCCUGAAGAAUAACCUGGGGGAAGCUGUAAGUCUGGACCACACAAGCCUGAAAGAGGAGGCUGUCCUAAGGCUCCCAGCAAGUGGAGGCCCUCCGAAAGGUGAUGUUGAGAAGCCAACUAUUAACAAUGAGGAAGAGGAAGAUGUGGAGACUGUGACGUUUAACUUCAACAUUGAGUCUCUUGGUCUGGUUUUAAAGAAUGAUGAUGCAACAGAGGUCAGCCACAUGAAGAAUGAUGACACAAAAGCUUGGACAACAUCUGGCUGCCAAUUAGGUGAAUUUGUUCUUCACAUGCUAAAGACCUCAGGCAGGAUCCUGACCAGCGGCAACAUAGAGGUGAAGACCAUCCUAACCAACUGCACAUUGGACGACCAGAGGACUGCAAUGCAGAGAGUGACGUCACGAAUGAUUGGGCGCAGAAACGAAGAUAUCUCAAAGGCAAUGAUUGAAGUGAUAUACCGGCAGAACACUGAAGGACGGGAGGUGGUGGCGGUGCUGCCCAACCUCUACCUGUGUGCCAGCGUUGAGUUUCUAAUGGCUGUUGCAGAUUUCUUCCUGCAAUCUCUGCCUCAGAGUCCAUCUCCAAUAACCACAUCAGUACCAAGAGAUAAACUACAGUUGAGACAGAUCACUGAACCACAGAUGGACACAACCACUGCCCCUGUGGUGAGAACUCGUGUUCGGGUGGUGGUGGUGGACCCAGAGGUGGUGUUUGUGGCCAGCCUAAUGAAGGCGGAUGCCCCUGCCCUAGUGGCCUCCUUUCAGUGUGACUUCACCUGGCAGGCUGAGGAAGGUGCUGCCCAGAAGAUGAGUGCCAACCUGAGAGACCUGAAGAUUCUUGCUCGCCCCUUGAUCCAAGACGAAGGAGAAAAGGCUGUCACCACUGUCUUAAAACCAUGCUCAGUUACUCUGGAAACCAAAUCCAACCACAAUCAACCAAUGAGUGGCUCUGUGAUGGUGGAGGAAGUCAUUGUCAAGAUCUCCCCCUUCAUCCUCAACACAGUGAUGACGAUAACCGAUGCAAUGACAGCAAAGCAGUUUGAAGACCAGAGUCAGGAGUUGAAGCGUGAUGUCAGUGACCUGUGGUCAGCCUCGAACGUCUAUGAGUGUAACUACUGGUUCCUGGGAGUGGACCAGGCCACUGAGGUGACAGAGAGCUACAGAGAGCAGGAUAUGCGUAAUGAGGGCGAGACCUUUUCCGCCAAAGUCAAGGUGGUCCAGGUGACUCUGGAAUCUGGUUUUGGCCAUCGAACAAUCCCUCUGCUCCUGGCUGAGUCCUCUUUUAAUGGAUCAGCCAAGAACUGGUCAUCUCUGCUGCAGCUGAGAGCUGACAUGACAUUGGAGGUGAACUAUUUUAAUGAGACCCAUGCAGUGUGGGAGCCUCUGAUUGAACGAGUUGACAGCGGUAGUCGAAGAUGGUUUCUGGAGUUUGAGAUGAAAAAUAACCCGAUCCAAGACAAGAGUCCAGUUCAUGGAGAUGACUUCAUAAUACUUCCUGAACCUCGCACAGCCAUCAACAUCUACUCAAAAGACACCCUGAAUGUUACUGUUUCCCAAAGCAGCCUCAAUGUCUUUUAUAACCUUACCAAGGCGUUCUCGGAGGGCACGAAAUCCACUUUUGACUUCUCUCUGAGGGAGAGGGCUCCUUUCACCAUCAGAAACUCUCUAGGAGUCCUUCUCGAUGUGCAGCACAGCUCCAGCCUGAGACCAGUGGGAUCCUUGACACAAAACAAGCUACACAAGCUUGAAGUUGAUCAGAGCAUGGACUUGGAGUAUUCCAUGUCUCAAUCGUUGUCACGAGGAAAACUGUCAGCUCUGCAACGGCAGGAGAGCUGCCUAUUCAACCUGAUCAUCGCUCCAUCUGGAUACACAGAGGUCCUCAACAUCUCUGUGGACAAACCAGGUCGUCGUCUCUACAACAUCCGGUGUCCAAUGCAGCAGGAGGCUGUUUCUGUUCUGCUGCAGAUCGACGCUGCUGAUGGCAAUAAGGUCAUUACUGUCCGCUCACCGCUGCAGAUAAAGAACCACUUCUCAGUGCCAUUCACCAUCCUGAAGUACUGUCCGACGUCCAGGAGUCUGCAGACCAUUGGACAGGCUGAACCUGAGACAGAGUUUCAUGUCACCAUAGAAGCCUACAGGUGUCAGCUGUUUGUACGUCCAGCGGGCUCUCUGGAUGGCCAGUACAGCCCAUCCUCCACUUGUGUGGCCUGGAAAGAGCAGGUGCACUGCAGCUCAGAGGUGUGUUCUGUGCUGCAGUGUCCUGCAACUGACAGCAGCCUGCUGCCGCUCAUGGUCAGCACACUGGCUGUCCCUGAUGACCUGCGACUCAUCAGCAACUGUGGAGAGGACUGGGAUCCCGCUUAUGUUAUCCACCUGUACCCUGUAGCCACGCUGCGCAACCUGCUGCCCUACACUGUCCGCUACAUGAUGGAGAAUUCAGCGGAUUCCUAUGAGCUUCAUGAAGGCAGCACAUCAGACCUGUUGAAUACUCGCGUCACAGGUGAGAUCAUGUCCCUGGUGCUGAUGAGGUAUCAGGGCCGAGACUGGCACGGGCACAUCCGUGUCCAAGAGGAAAUGCCCGAGUUUUUUCCCGUUUGCCUUACCUGCGACUCGGACACCAACCUGACGAUGGACGUGAGCGUCCAUGUGACGAGGAUGACGAGCCGCUUGUGGCUGUCACUCUUUAGUCCAUACUGGAUCAUCAACAAGACGUCUCGAGUGCUGCAGUACAGGGCGGAGGAAGUCAGCGUCAAACAUCCGGCCGACUACAGAGACAUCAUCCUGUUCUCCUUUAAGAAGAGAAACCUGUUCAGCAAGAACAAGCUCCAGCUUUGUGUUUCCACCUCAUCCUGGUCCGAAGGUUUCUCUCUGGACACUGUGGGAAGUUAUGGCUGCGUUCGUUGUCCUGCCAACCACAUGGACUUUCUGGUGGGUGUGAGCAUCCAGAUGAGCAGCUUCAACCUGACGAGGAUCGUUACCCUGAGCCCUUUCUACACGCUGGUCAACAAGUCUUCUUAUGAGCUUGAGGUGGGAGAAGUGAUCAACCAGGUCUCCACCAAGUGGAAUUACAUCCCCUCCACUGAGUGCCUCCCUCUGUGGCCAGACAACAGCUCAGGAAAGAUGUGUGUCCGUGUAGUCGGCUCUGAAUCCACCUCCAAGUCCUUUUCCUUUAAUAAGCAGGACAACGGCACUUUACUGAGCCUCGACAUGUGCGGUGGCAUCAUAGUGGAAGUCAACAUGUCCGAUCACUCCACCAUCAUAAGCUUCAGUGACUACUAUGAAGGCGCAGCUCCAGCCUUGCUCCUGAACCAUACACCCUGGGCCAACAUCAACUACUGGCAGAGAGACUCUGCAGUGGUUCACAAGCUGAAACCCUGCGAGGCUCGCCGCUUUGUAUGGGAUGACCCAACAGGUGCCAGAAUGUUUAGCUGGAGCUGCAAUGGACAUUCAGGAGAGUUGGACCUGCUGAAGGACGAGGUUGGACAGUUCUCUUUCGACAACCUGUCAGAGGUGCACUGGGUUUGCUUCCUGGAUGGGCGUCAGCGGGUGCUGCUGUUUACUGAGGACGUGGGUGUGGUGACAAAAGCUCGGCAGGCAGAGGAGCUUGAGCAGUUCCAACAGGAAGUGAAGGUGUCGCUGCAGAACCUCGGACUUUCACUGAUCAACAACAACAGCCGGCAAGAGAUCGCUUAUGUGGGCAUCACCAGCUCAGGUGUAGUUUGGGAGAUGAGGCCAAAGAAUCGAUGGAAGCCAUUCAGUCAGAAAAACAUUAAUCUGUUGGAGAAAACCUACCAGAGUCAGCUGAGCGGGAAAAGUCCAGGAGGCUGGGUCAAACUGGAGACCAACAUAGAGGUGAACCUCAGUGGCGCCACCAUGAUGAUGCGCCAGCCCUUUUCCUGCCAGGUGAGGAGGAACUUCCUGUCUGGGAUCCAAGUGGAGUUCAAACAGUCAUUACACCAGCGCAGUUUGAGAGCCCAGCUCCACUGGCUGCAGGUGGACAAUCAGCUGCCAGGUGCAAUCUUUCCUAUCGUCUUCCAUCCAGUUCCUCCUCCAAAGUCCAUCGCUCUGGACUCAGAACCAAAGCCCUUCAUCGAUGUGUCUGUUAUCACCAGGUUCAAUCAGCACAGCAACAUCAUGCAGUUCAAGUACUUCAUGGCUCUGGUUCAGGAGAUGGCAGUGAAGAUCGAUCAAGGCUUCUUGGGAGCCAUCACAUCUCUUUUCACGCCUCCCGCUGAGCCCAAGACUGGCAGACAGAAGUGUCAUCUGAUAGAGAGGGACCUGCAGCUGCUGCAGGCUGAGCUUAUGGAGGUGUCACUCACCGACACGUCUGGACUCAGCUUCUUCGAACAUUUCCACAUAUCGCCCAUCAAGCUCCAUCUCAGUUUGUCUUUGGGCUCCAGCGGGGACGACUCAUCUGAAGAAACAGCAGCUGUUCAGUCUCUCAACCUGCUGCUCAAAAGCAUUGGAGCCACUUUGACUGAUGUUGACGACCUCGUUUUCAAAUUGGCCUUCUUCGAGGUGAAGUACCAGUUUUACCGAAGGGAGAAACUGAUGUGGGCAGUGGUCCAGCAUUACACUGAACAGUUCCUGAAGCAGAUGUACGUCCUGGUCCUGGGUCUCGAUGUCUUGGGGAACCCCUUUGGACUCAUCCGAGGUCUGUCUGAAGGAGUGGAAGCCUUCUUCUAUGAACCUUUCCAGGGAGCUGUUCAGGGUCCGGAGGAGUUUGCUGAAGGUUUUGUGAUCGGAGUCCGUAGCCUGUUGGGCCACACUGUUGGUGGUGCUGCAGGUAUGGUCUCCAGGAUCACCGGAUCAGUGGGUAAAGGUCUGGCAGCCAUCACAAUGGACAAAGAAUACCAACAGAAACGACGAGAGGAGAUGAACCGGCCGCCCAAAGACUUUGGAGAGAGUCUAGCCAAAGGAGGAAAAGGCCUGCUGCAGGGUGUUGUUGGUGGAGUUACAGGCAUCAUCACUAAACCUGUGGAGGGGGCGAAGAAGGAGGGGGCAGCAGGCUUUUUCAAAGGCAUCGGUAAAGGAUUGGUUGGGGUGGUCGCUCGGCCGACAGGAGGCAUCGUGGACAUGGCCAGCAGCACCUUUCAGGGCAUCCAGAGGGCGGCGGAGGCCACAGAUGAGGUGGGAAAACUUCGUCCGGUGCGUCUCAUCAAGGAGGACGGGAUCAUCCGGCCCUACGACCAGACGGAGUCAGAGGGUUUCGACCUUUUUCAGCGCUCACAGAUCAAACAGCUUGAAGGUGAAGUGUUCAGAGAUCACUGUCAGUAUCCUGGACACAGAAAAACAACUAUCCUCAUCACAAACAGGAGAGUCAUGUGUGUGAAGGAGAUUGACUUUGUGGGUCACUUUAACAAGGAGUGGGAGUGUCUCUAUGAUAACUUCCUUCGUCCUCCGACUGUGUCAGGAUCUGAUCUGAAAAUCUACUGCAAGGAGCAGCAGGUGUUAAAGUUACCGAUGCGAGGUGAUGAUUCCUUGCGCACCAUUAGACUCACGGACCCAAACACUGCUCAGAAGCUGCAGGGAGCGAUAUCAGAGGCCCAGGCAUCUGACCAACAGCGCCGUAUGGUGAAACGGAAAUCUCAGCGUUUCCUGAAACCUAAAAGCAAGCAGUGACAUCACCGCUUGCCUAGAAUGAAAAAAAAAUCUUCACUUCAUGUAAGAUCUGCACUAACUUCAUGUAAGAUCUGCACUAACUCUUCUUUUAAUUGGAUUUUUACUUCACUUCAUGGCUGUGGGUGCUGUAAACUGGUUCAUCACUAGAUGGUGUCAUCUAUAGACAGUGACUGCAGUUUUACCUACAUGUUAAACAAAUUCCUAAAAACAUGUUGCACUAAAAUAAUAUUAAGCGAAAUCAGGGUGUUUAUUUGUUUACUUCUGGUAAAUUAAACAUUUAAAAAAUAAUAAGUGUGAGAAACCGUUAGAAAAAAUAUAUUUUCUUCAUUCGUGUACUUUUCAGUUUAAUUUCUUCUAUUUAUGGGUCAGAAUAUGUUUACAGAAUAAAGAAAUCUAAGAAAAUCUCUAUUAAAAUGAAAUGUCCAGAGAUAA